GAUUGAAGCCUUUGUCUUAUCAAACUUGUGAAAUUAUUUAUGAGGAAUUCAUUCGUUACACCGCUGGCCAUGAUAUGGCAAUGAUUUUUCAAAUCAAACAUGGGGUUGUUUCUCAUCCUACUGUCGACGUUUAUUAGCCAACUUGCAAUACAUUCAGAUCAAACAUGGGGUUGUUUCUCAUCCUACUGUCGACGUUUAUUAGCCAACCUGCAAUACAUUCAGUGGAUGCCCUGGCAUGUUUGGCAUGCAGCUUCGUAACGCAGCCUCGACAUUGUGACACGGCCAUGACAUGCCCGCAGCUUAAUGACGUUUGCUAUCUUGAAAGGAGAACUAAUUCAUUUGGGGAAGAGGGCUAUGCGCUUGGAUGCAUAUUGAACCAUUCAUGCAAGAACGUAUCAUCAGUGAAUCAUACGAGCGACUGUGCACAAUGUUACGACAAAGACCUUUGCAAUAGUGGCGGAUGCGGUGAACCAGGAUUUCCAGAAGACCGUGGACAUGUUGGCUUCGACUGUCCCUUUCUUUUACCUGAAGGAAGGUGCCAUAAUAUAGAUAUUUGUCGAGAAGGAGAGGUUUGCAGUGUUACAGGCAAAGACAAUUUCGGUACAACCGUUUUCAAAUCUAGAUGUACCCCAAAGGAUGAGUGCGGUGUUCACCAAGUAGGAGUGUUAAUUGGUAAAAAGCGAUACACGUCUGAUCACCAUGACUGCUUUCAAUGCUGUGAAACGGACAUCUGUAACAAUAAGUGUAAAAUGCAAGCGGAUAGACAAUGGGGUUCAUGGACUGCAUGGUCCUUGUGUUUUUCUCACUGUAAUCAGACACGGUCCCGAUCAUGCGAUAACCCUUCAUCGCUACAAGGCGGACAAGAUUGCUUCGGUCUAGCUAUGCAAACACAAGGCUGUUACACAGACCAAUGCCAAAUUGCUGACUGUUCUGAUCUGCUACGCCUGAAUGCUACUCUUCCAAGUGGGGUGUACCGCAUCACAACCCCCCUCACUCACUCCAAGUCACAGGUGUACUGUGACAUGGAGACGGACGGAGGAGGAUUGACGGUUUUUCAAAAACGUUUCAACGGCAGUGUGGAUUUUUAUCGGAACUUCAGUGAAUAUGAAAACGGAUUCGGAUUUGUUGACGGUGAACACUGGCUAGGACUAAAGUACCUCCACGAGAUGGCUUCUCUGGGUAGUUAUCAAUUCCGUCUGUAUAUCGUACGGUAUAACGGGAGCAAGGGGUUUGAUGUGUAUGACAAUUUCAGCCUGGGACCUGGAACUAAUUAUUCAUUCCACAUCGGAUCACGGUUACGUUUUAGCGGAUGUGAAUCACUCAUUAACUACGAAUCACCAGACGGCAAAUCAUUUACUACAUAUGACCAUGACCGUGACAACGACAUCUCGAAUGUAAAUUGCGCAGAGCGAUUCCACGGCGCCUGGUGGUAUAACUCGUGUUUUCGUUUCAACGCGAAUGGAUUGUAUGCUCCUGGAAAAACUAACAUCACCAACAUGGCAUAUACCGAUUAUGUUGGCCUAAAUGCUACGACUUUAAUGUUCAAGCGAAUUUGAUUUUUAUUUCAAUAUCUGUACUUUUAAACAGAUGAUCCUGAUUCUAUCAGCAAAUGUAGAAUAACACUGCACGACCAAAAACAACAUUCUUAUUGCCAAUAUGGUUAUAAAACUAACUUCAAUAAUAAUGUAUUCAAGAUUUUAAAUUGUAAAACAUUAUCUUUUCGUAUCGCUUAAAUGGUUUCAAGAUGUUAUAAAUGAUAUAUUAUAAUAUGUACUUGUGUAUGCAUGCAAACGAGUCUUCACUAAUACAAUAAAAUCGGACGAACAGUUUGGACAAACAAAUAA